AAGUAACUAGAGUUUAUCGAGGACGUGGAGAGACGUGACUCUUAUAAUUCUGAGAUUAAAAUAAUAUAUUAUAUUAUAUAUAUGUAUGAUUAUUAAAUUAUGUUGAAGUAAUUUUAAAUUGUGUACUUGUUUAAUAAUUUUUUAAUAAAUAAAUUAAUGUAAUUGGUAGACAAUUUAUGUUAUAAAUUUAUAAUUCAAAAUAAGAGUAAUAAAAAAAAAUAAUAAUGUGGUUAGAACAGUGCGAUAGUUUUGCCGAAUUGUGUCGUAGUUACUUGCCCUAUUAUUUAUUAAUUGUAUUACCAAUUUUUAUUGUCGUAUCUCCAGUAAAUCCGGUGGCAGCAUCACAUGAAUUACCUGUUUAUCGUAUGCAUCAGUAUGAUUUACAUGGAACUCCACAUGGUUGCAGAAGUGCAUCAAUACUAUUGGAAGGACGCGGAUUAAGUAAUUGGCGCACAUCACGUCACUGUGUGAUUACGCGACUCAAUGAUCUGACACCAGAUUUAUUCUAUACAAUUAAAAAUAAAGCUGGAGCAUUAAUUGUUAUGUUACCUAAAGAUAUGACUAAUUUAACAAUUGAUGAACAACAGUCAAUAGCAUUGUUAGAAACUACGAUGUUAACAAGUGGUGAAAUAACAAUACCGAUAUAUUUUUCACCAUGGAACGAUAAUUUAAAAUCAAUAGUUAAUGAUCUAGAGAUUGGAUUUUCUAAAAAUGAACCCGUUAAAAGUAAUUCAGAGGUUCAAUCAUUAAUAGAUAUUGUAUCAGCAAGUGGUUAUCAAGUUAUUGUCAGUGCCGGGCAACCAAACCCACGUAAUGAUGUUAAAAUAGCAACAAUCCAUGGUAAAUUAUCAGGUACUGGUGCUGAAGAUAAACUGCCAACUAUUGCAUUGGUUGCUUACUAUGACAGCUCGAGUGUUAUAACAGAAUUGUCCGUGGGGGCAGAAAGUAAUGCAUCAGGUGUGUCGAUGUUAUUAGAACUUGCAAGAAUAUUUUCAGCGCUAUACUCAAUAAGUAAAUCACGCCCGAAAUUUAAUAUCGUAUUUGUAUUGAGUGGCGGUGGUAAAUUAAAUUAUUAUGGCAGUAAAAAAUGGCUGGAGGAUCAAUUUGAUGGUCUUGAAGGAUCUGUUAUUCAGGAUGCAGCAUAUGUGAUUUGUUUAGAUGCUGUGUCACUGACAAAUAAUUUAUAUCUCCAUGUAUCGAAACCACCGAAAGAAAAUUCAUUUGGAUAUUUAUUUUACAAUGAAUUGAAAAAUGUCAUUGAUACUUACAACAGUAACAACAACAACAACGAUAAUAAUGAUGAUAAUGACAGUGAUGAUAAUAAUUUAAAUUUGGAAGGUAUCCAUAAAAAAAUAAAUCUUGCUGAUGAAUCAUUGGCAUGGGAACACGAACGCUAUAGUAUAAGACGAUUACCAGCAGUAACCAUAUCAUCAUUAAGGAGUCACGAUAAUCCUCUAAGGACAUCAAUACUCGAUAUAAAUGAUUUAAGUAAAACAAAAUUAGAUAGAUUAUAUAGAAAUACAAAAUUAAUUGGCGAAACGUUGGCGCGACGACUUUAUAACCUGAAUUCAACAGAAAUAUUAUCAUCUCCUGUUGAAAUAUCAAAAGAAUCAUUGGAAGUUUGGUUUAAUUACUUAACCUCGCAAUCUCGUUCAGUUCCAAUUUUAUCAGAUAGUAAAAAUUCGUACAAUCCAUUAGUUAAUUCAUUGCAUGAAUUUAUGCAGAGAUAUUUGACUGAAGUUAAAAUAAAUAGUUAUUCAGCAGAUAAACGUGAUCCUGAAUUUGUAUUUUACGAUAAUACUAAAACAAUAAUGAAUAUUUAUAGUGUUAAGCCGGCAAUAUUUGAUUUGUUUUUAACAAUUGCUAUUGCUGUUUAUUUAUCAAUUAUUUAUUUAGCUGUGUAUAAAUUUUCUAAUUUUUAUUAUUUUGUUGAACGGGUUGCUGGUUAUAAAAAUAAAGUUGCGUGAAUUAUUACAUAUAUAUUAAUUAUAUAUAUGUAUUAAUUUAUCAUUAAUAAUAAUUAUUAUUAGUUAGGUAAUUAUGCAGAGGUGGUCUCAUUAAUUCAUUAUAAAAAAUGUGACAAUUGGGAUGUCAUUAAAAUUUUUUUUUUCGUAAAAAAAAAAAAUUAAUGGAUUUUCUAACCUCCAAAAAUUAAUGAGACCGCACUUGGAUAAUUAUUGUUACUAAUUUGUAAAUAAUAAUUAUUUAAUGAUUACACAUAAUUAAUGGGUAAUUUUAAAUAAUUAGUAAUUAUUAUUAAUGAUAAAUUAAUUUUUUUUUGUUAAGUAAAAAAAUACAAAUGUCGAUUUUUUUUUGUCAGAACUGAGUAUUAAUUAUUUCGGAUAAUGUUAAUAAUUAAUCAAUGAACAAAGUGUUUGAUUUAAUCUAAAGAUAAUUAAUUGGUGAGUGAAUUUUACUGUAUGAAUUUGAAGAGAGUUAUUAUAAUUAAUUAUAAAGUAAUAG